AUGCCGAGCCAUACCAGCCAACCUGAAUUGAAAGGGUUCUCCUGUCUAAGUUGUCGUCAGCGCAAAAUCAAAUGUGACAGACGCGCUCCCUGUCUGCAUUGCACAAAGGCAGAAAGGCCAUGCAGCUUCAUCGCCCCUGUUCGGGGCAAGAGAAAGCGGACGAAGCCCCCGCGAGAGACUCUCCAUGCGCGGCUGAAACGAUAUGAGGACAUGCUCAAGGCUUAUGGCGCCAAGAUUGAGCCUUCUGAAGAUUUCGAUGGGUCUGAGUCAGAAACAGAGUGUCGACUUACCCCUGAGUCAAAUGAGAGUGUUGUGCAGAUUAGGAUGCAGAACAGCGGUCUAGCUGCUGCGGCUGAGGAUACGAAACCAAAGUUUAUCAUGAAAGAGGGGGCGUCGAGAUACUUUGAUAGUGCUCUCUGGUCCAAUCUUUCAGACGAUUUUCAACAUCCGGAAUCCACCAACUUCAACGAUGUAGGGGAGGCCGUACCUAUCGAGCAGGAUAGCCAUAACGAUGAAUCUGGACUAUUCUUCGAGCCCGAAGGCUGUGACAAGAUUGAAAAUCUUUCAAAAUUGCACGCCUCUCCUCCAUUACUCGCAAAAUUGAAAGAAGUGUUCACUGACCGGGUGGAUCCCAUGAUGAAAGUCCUGCAUCUUCCCACUUUUUGGAUCUUAAUGGCUAAUGCGCUGCGACGCCCUCACAACAUGCCCAAGAGCUUGGAAUCGCUCAUCUUUGCCUUUUAUCUGGUUACAGUUAGCUCGUUGAAAGAAGAAGAGUCUCAGGAUUUAUUCGGAGCGCCGACUUCGGUCAUUAUUUCCCGCUAUCGGCUGGCGACUCGCCAAGCAUUGGUCAAUGCCAGAUUCUUGUCAACGUCGAAUUUCAUGACUCUUCAAGCGUUUGCUAUAUUCACUGUUUGCGUCAGAACCAUAUAUCGAUGCGAUACUCUUUACAUCCUGUCGGGGGUGGCGAUUCGCCUUGCUCGGAAAAUGGGCCUUCAUCGAGACGGCACGUAUCUCGGACUUUCUCCCUUCGAGACGGAAAUGCGAAGACGGCUCUGGUGGCAUCUCGCUCACAUCGACUGUCGCACCGCCGAUGUGAUGGGUACAAAACCGUCGCCGGAAAUUUCCACUGGCGAUAGCAUGAAGCCGAUAAAUGUUGAAGAUGAAGAUCUCCACCCUGAGAUGACAAGUUUCCCACCCGAGCACACCGGUAUCACAGCAAUAACUCUCUGCUUGAUCAAGUGCGAGAUAAUGGAGACUCUGUGCCAGUUUGCAAGCCCGCAUCCGACCGAUUUGCGCUGGGAGAUGCUCUAUAACCCCGACAUUUCGCUUGCUAGAAAAGACAGCAUCAUCGACUCAGUUGAAGAUCUUCUGGAGAAGAAGUAUCUUCGAUAUUCUGACCCGUCGAAAACAUUGCAUACCUUUAUAGCAGUCAUGAUUCGAUCGGCAUUGUGUAAAAUGAGGCUUUUUGCUCACAAUAUUCGGCAAUUCGCCCACAAGUCCACCAAAGCCACUCAGCAUGACCAUGAUGUAUCAUUCUUCAACGCUAUGAAAUUGUUGGAAUAUGCGAAUAUGAUGCAGGCAGGCCAUAUGGGCCUGGACAAGUACAUGUGGCAGAUUGGCACCAGUUACCUCUGGAAUACAAUGCUGUAUCUGCUCAUUGAAGUUCGCUGCAGGAAGACGGGACCUGAUGUUGACAAGGCAUGGCAGUUAAUUGCUGUCGUCUUCUCACGCUGCCCAGAGGUACUGCAAGAAUUCACCGGAUCUGUCUACGUGGCUCUUGGCAAGUGGACGCUCGAGGUUUGGGAGAGUUAUAUCGCGGCUUCAAAAGCCGAGGGGCUUCCAGAUCCAGUGACGCCCGACUAUAUCAACGAGAUCCGGGAGUGGCAGAAAUCCAAGAAGCAAACUGCAGUCACGACGAAAAGUGACAAGAUAGAAAUAAGGCCCGUCACUCAGCAUUCGUCUGGCUACGAGAAAUUCUCGUAUGCAGAUUAUCUGGAUGGCGGGUUUUCGGAAUCUCAGUAUUUUCCAAAUUUGUUUUCGUUUGAGGCGGAUCCAAAUCAAUGGAUGCAGUGGGAGCAGUUGGUAGCGGAACAAAAUGGGCCCUAG